CGUCUUUAUCAUCUCGAAUUUUUCUCUCACGUUUCACUGAUUUUUAAUCAGUAUCUCGAACGAAAAUGUCCUCCCUCCUAACAACCCUCGGUCUGCGCGCCCUCCCUGCAACUUCUCCUCCAAAUUCGGUACCAAACCUCGCAUCAACAUUCCUGAUAUGGAAUUUCCUGCAUGCCUAUGCUUUCAUGUCCACUCGCUUCAUCAAAAACUAUUAUAAAUUCGAUCACAAUUCAGCUCCAAGAGAAGACGUGGAAAAAUAUGGGGAAAAGAUGGUCAAGGAUGGGAAAUUGACUGCUGGGCAAUUGGCUAUGGUGAAGAGAUGGGAAGCGGGACAUGAGAAUUGUGUUGAAGGGUAUACAUUGUUUGUUGCCGGCACACUGCUUGCACUCUACGCAGGUGUUCCAACACCGACGUUGAAUGGGUUGAUGGCGGCAUAUUCGGUCGCGAGAAUGAUGUAUGGAGUUACAUACAUCGCGAUUGAGACUGAGCAGUAUUCUCCGCUCAGGACUCUGUGUUGGUGGAGUGGGAAUAUUGCUUGUUUGACGAUGAUGGUCAAGGCUGGGAACAGGUUGUAGAUUCAUGUUUGGGUAUUGAGCUAGUGCUCGGUGAUACUCAAUGGUACUCAAAUCUUGGAUGCAGAAUUGGAAGAGCUGCAUUAAACUUUGUAGUCCAGCGACUUAUUAACUCCUCAGUUCAAAGCGCACGCAACUCAGCUAGGUAUAUCAUGUAUAUCUCAUCCAGCAUUAAAAGAAUCACGCAUACCUCCAUAUCCGCCAGACU